CAAAAUGGUCACAUACAUAUUUGAAAAUAUUUAUUUGCCUGCAGCUCAGACUGAAAAUUCAGGUACAUUUAAUACUACUGCAGACAUUAAGCUUAAGCAAUGGGCAGACCAGUUGCUACCUAAGAAGUGUGUGGAAGUGGGGUGGGAGACUUUGGAAGAUGAAUUUAGAAAGUUUAUGGAACAUGCCAAGCACUCCAAAGAUCAUGACACUAUCUUUGACAACCUCAAGUCUUGUGUUGUGGAUGAAGCAAUGCGGAGGCAUGAGUGGGAGGAUAAAGCUGCAGAUGUUCUGCGUGUUAUACAGCUGAAUGCUUUAGAGGAUCGUUCAGUCAGUGAUAAACAACAGUGGGAUACAGCAUGCAAAUUUCUUGAGGAUUCAGUAAAAGAAAAACUACUGGCCACGGAGGCAACACUGAGGUUUGUGCUUUUCCUUGUUAUGUAACAAAUAAUAAUUGUU